GAUCACAUGAUUCUUUCAGCUAUUGGGUUGAUGAACAAUCUCCUGUGGGACCAGACCAAGCCACAGCCAUCAAACGUUUGGCCAGAAUUUCCUUGGUUAGAAAGAUUAUGAAGAAAUGGAUCCACUCAGCAUUUGAAGCCAAACUUUGUUCUGUUGAAUGUGUAGAAUAUGUGACAUUACAGUAUAUGUGGGAGAAGAAACACCAGGUUCUCAUAUUUUACCACCACCCUUUGUAUGAGGAAUACUCCUUCCUGUGGCCAGGUAAUAAAAUGCCAGCACCAUGGGCUAAUACAACUAAUGUACACAAACUGUUACAGUUCCUGGAGACCACACUUGAAGAACGAAGUCGUUAUGGGACUUUUCAUGUUUCUCAAGCAAUUCUCACACCUCGUGUGAAAACUAUUGCACGGCAUCUAAUUCGUGGUCUGAAGAACACACUUGUUCAAAGGAACCUGCCCAUGAUUUUGAAUUGGGUGAAAACACAGAAGCCUGGUGUUAUGGGUGUUAACAUAAUUACAUCAGACUUCGUGGAGCUGGUUGACUUUGCUGCCACAGUUAUUGCAUUGAACGACCUCCUUUUAGAAGAGGAUGAAUCUACCUCUAAGUCUUGAUUGCUGUGUCCCACCUGUGGUCUUCAGUGAACAUCUCUGAACUAUGCUAAAUGUUUU